AUGUCGUACCAAUCAUCGAAAAGAAAUUUGCUGUCCUCGCAAGAACUUUUUUAUAACUCUCCUGAAAAUACAAAAAUAUCGGCUAGCUCAAUUGCAAAAUCUGCAAAUAAAUAUAGAAGCCCAGAUUCAACACCAGUGAGAACAAGAUGCCACAGUUCAAAUGCAUUUAAACCUUCUUUGCCUAAUGAAAUUCCGAAAGAAGUUACAUGCUUUGAAUUAUUAUCAACGGAUGACUCUGACGUGAAAACCUUUUCUCAGCAGAGCCCAGUCCCAUCUUGCCAAUCCCGCUUACAUCGAAUAGAAAAAAUUGAUAAUUUAAUAGACAAGUUCAAAAGAGACAUAAGUGCCCAUUCGUUAAGGACUUUUGAUCAUGAUAGACGAUAUUCACCUAUAAAAUCAUACUCAGAAGACAAGAAAAAAAUUUUAAUCUCCGCGGAAAAGAAAAAUCGCGAGCUUAGGAAGAGGCUUAAAAUACUAGAAGAUUCAGCUGAAGAAAAAAUCCAGGCAGAAAAUAAGCAUCUUUUAGACUAUUUAUCGAGCAAUUUAGAGUCAAGGAGAGUUCUGGAAGAAGAAAUAAAAGCUCUAGAAAAAAUUAACAUGGAAUUAGAAAACACUCCUCAGCAUCUUAAUGAAGAAGAAUUAAAUGAAAAAAAUAAAGAAUUAAAGAUGCAAAGCCAUUUUUUAGCAAAGCAGCUGAAAGCCCUGCAGGAAACAAAAAUUUCUCCAAGCGAUUACAAUUUGUUUUUAGCAGAGCUAAAAACUUUGGAAACUACACAAGAAGCACUUAUCAUUGAAAAUGAGUUACUGAAAAAACAGCUAUUUACUACUAAAAAAGAAGAUGUCACUCAGCUUAGUAUAAAAAAUGAAAUUGAGACUCAUUCAAAGGAAAUUUCUUUUAUCCAUAAAGAGAUUACUCUAUUAAAAAACAUUGCUGAAAGUAUUCUUACAGGGAAAAGCGUUAGCUUAGGGUUGCUUUUAGGUUCAAAGCAACAGACAGAAUAUAAUGAUGACAAAGAUAUUACCGAAAGUAUCGCUGCUAUUAAAAACGAACUUUCUAGUAUAAGCUCAUUAAUUUGUGAAAUUCAAUCAGAAAUCCCGACUAAAAACUGUGCAGUACAUUAA